ACCAUGGGCCGUUCAAAGUCUGCUCUUCGCGCCUCUCGCGAGAAGAAGGCUGCGUCCAAGGCUGCGGGAGUCAACCCCAACAAGCGCCUUGCGAUGGCCUUGAAGGCGAAGGGAGCCCCUCGUGCUAUCUGGAACCCGUCGAGAAUGUCCGCCACACCUUCUCCCUCGAAGCCUGAACCGGCUUCUCGCAAGGUCAAGGCUGAGCCGAAGUCCCCUGAGCCGUAUUCCGGCCCGACCCUUCGCUCGUCCACCACUUCCACUGCCGGUAAAGUUAAGAAGGAGCCGUAUUCCGGGCCGACUCUCCGGUCCUCCAACGCUUCCUCUAUCCGCAAAAUUAAGGAGGAGCUGUCUUCUGGGUCGUCUUCCAAUCCGGCCUCUGACUCCAUCACGGUUGCAAAUGGCGCAGAGCGUCAGGAUGAGCCUGAGGACGAGCCUGAGGACGAGCAUGAGAUUGAGCCUGAGGCUGAGCCUGAGGACGAGCCCGAACAAGAGCCUGAGCCCGAGCCUGCAAGGGCCCAAAGGAUCAUGGCUAGAGCCCACUACGCCGACCAUCGCACAUGUGUCAGAUGUAGCGUUUGGGGCUGGGAGUACCCGCCCCUGCAUGUCAUCGAGGAGGAAGAGGAAAUCUGAGAUGUUGAGGCGAGUCUGGCAAGGUCAUCUCCAAGAAGGUCGAGGUCAAAGUUGGCAAAUCGUAAGGGGCCAAGUGCAUGGCGGCAG